AUCGAAAAACUAGCCUAUCGAGCAAUCACGCGGUGAGAAUUGAAUCCCAGUACCACCUUCUACUCUGGUACCUAUCGGUGCAGCAGGUAUUUGGCAUGUCAAUAGUUCAGCAGUUCAGUUUAUUCCCGAUCAUCUAUAAGUAAGGUAAUACCCAGGAAGUACCCAGCUUGCUUUAUCUACUUUUCGCGAUCAGUGCGAAAUGUGAGGUGCUUUUGUGAUUUAUCUGAUAACUGUGAUAACACCAUUUGAAAGUGGAGUAGAAUACAACAAGGGCAAAACUGGGGGAUUGGUCACACUUUUGAACAUCAAAUGAAAUGAUAUCAACAUCAGGAGACAUUGGUUGAGGAAUAUUUUAAAUAAAUGUGUUAAAAUGUUUAGUUUCCUUUGUGAUUAAGAAAUAUUCUCAAACUUAUCAAAAAUGACAAAAUUCAAAUUGAGCUCAGAUUCAAAUAACAGCAGUCAGGUCACUCUGACUAGUUAUAUGGUCGGAGGAGUAGAUGGUACAGGUGAAGUAAACCAUGGUUUCGCAUCGACCGAUGACUUGAGGAGAGACCAAAAUAUUUGUAUGGGAUGCCAGAAGAAGAAUAACGACAUCUUCAACAUUCCAGACGAAACCUACCUUCGUAAUAGGACAAAACCUUCAAUGAAAGAGCGACUUGAAGCGAAAGUGAAGAAUGGAUUCACACGAAAAUCCUUGUACAAACGUGUUCCUAUUUUGUCGUGGUUACCAACUUACAGCCUCGACUAUGCCAUAUGCGAUCUUGUAGCUGGAAUAACUGUUGGUCUUACUGUUAUACCACAAGCUAUUGCCUAUGCUAAUAUUGCUGGAUUGCCACCACAAAUUGGUCUUUAUUCCUCAUUUAUUGGAUGUAUUAUUUAUGCAAUAUUCGGAAGUUGUAAGGAUUCUUCUAUUGGACCUUCUGCCAUUUCAGCUUUGUUAACCAGGGAGAACAUACAUGGAUUAGGGCCUGCAGGAGCAGCCCUUCUUUGCUUUCUUAAUGGUUGCGUUGUUUUCAUUAUGGGAAUUUUUCAAUGUGGCUUUCUGAUAGACUUUGUCUCUGGUCCAGUAUCUGUUGGCUUCACUUCAGCUGCAGCAAUCAUCAUCGCUACAACACAAAUGAAGGAUAUCCUAGGACUAUCUUAUCCGGGUGGUGAUUUUGUGAUAAUAUGGGAACAAAUAUUUCAACACAUAUCAGAAACAAGUAUCAAUGAUGCUGCUCUAGGAGUUGGAACUAUAUUAGUUCUACUCCUGCUUAGGAAAAUCAAAACCAUCCAAUUCGCUGUGGAAGAAGCUGAUAAGUCAUCCAUUAAAAUAUAUCUGAACAAAACAAUAUGGCUCAUAUCGACGGCGAGAAAUAUAAUAGUAGUUUGUUUUACUGCAGGCCUGGCCUACUCAUUUGAAGUUAAUGGAUCUCAACCCUUUCGACUUACUGGAUAUAUAAAACCAGGUCUACCUGAUAUAGUGUCACCUCAAUUCGAAAUCACAUCAGGAAAUAACACAAGAAAUUUCAUGGAAAUAACAUCAACAUUCGGAUCAGGACUUCUUGUGGUUCCCUUGCUUUGCAUUUUGGAAAAUAUUGCUCUCGCGAAAGUUUUCGCUGAUGGAAAAGUUAUAGAUGCCACUCAAGAGAUGUUCGCCCUAGGAAUCUGCAACAUAGCUUCGUCUUUCGUUCAAUCUAUACCAGUAUCUGGAGCGCUCUCAAGAGGUGCAGUUAAUAAUGCCUCAGGUGUUAGGACGACAUUUGGUGGGAUAUACACAGCAAUCAUCGUGAUGUUUUCUCUCAAAUUUUUAACACCUUGUUUCUCAUAUAUCCCAAAAGCAUCUUUAGCCGGCGUUAUCAUCGCAGCUGUCAUCUUCAUGGUGGAAAUACAAGUUGUGAAACCUAUGUGGAAAACUAAAAAAACGGAUCUCAUACCUGCAACAGCGACGUUUUUAGGUUGUCUUCUCCUUCGAUUAGAAAUUGGAAUAGUUUUAGGAAUUGCCAUCAACAUCAUUUUCUUGCUGUAUCAAUCCGCCAGACCUUCCGUUCGCGUGGAGAAAUCAACGACCCCAUCUGGAUGUGAUUAUCUCAUCAUUACACCUGAUAGAAGCUUGGCAUUUCCAUCAGUGGAAUACGUAAGAAAUACUGUUUCCAAAGCUGGUAUCAAACAAGGUUCUAGCUCAAUACCUGUCGUAGUUGAUGCAAAACAUAUACAAGCAGCCGACUACACAGCAGCAAAGGGUAUAAAAUCCCUAAUAGAUGACUUCUACCAAAGGAAUCAAGCCAUAAUCUUUUUCAACCUCAAGCCCCGAGUAUCGAGUAUUUUUCAAGGUGUUGGUCCUAAACAAUUCAUCUACUGCAGUACGUAUCAAGAAUUGAACGAAUUGUUGCAGAAGCAUUGCAAAGACACUAAAUGUAAAAUAAGAAACAGUGAUAGUGAUGAAAUAAUCGAUCUGAAUAUGUGAUAGUAAGAUGUAAAUAGAUAACGUAGUAUUUUAAAAUUACAAAUGUGAUAAUAAAUAGUGAAUUUGAUUAAUU